AUGGAUUCUAAAAAAGAAGUUUCACCAUCCAAUAUAAGUUUAGAAAUGGAUUCUGCAAAACCAGCGAGUGCUAGGUCGAUGCGCGUUGUUGGUUUCUCUGCAGAAGAUGAAAUUCGAAAUCAGGAAGAGCGUGAAAAACAAAAAAUUGGUCAUCGCCGGAUAGAUCGACAGGGCGAGGUGAGCUACAAGCGAGUUCCAAGCAAUGCUCUAAUGGGAGCAAUACAGUUAGGUAUCGCAAACUCAGUAGGCUCGUUAGCUUCUAUUCCAAAAAGAGAUCUCUUGCUACAAGAUUUCGACGUUAUUAAUGCUGUUUCAUUUCCAUCAAGUGGAUCACAGUCAACGCCUUCUCAUAAUUAUGGAGAUUUUCGAUUUCAGACUUAUGCACCAAUUGCAUUUCGGACUUUCCGUGAUUUGUUUGCCAUUAAAACUGCAGAUUUUUUGCGUUCAGUAUGUAUGUUUCCACUUAAAGAACUAUCAAAUGCAGGAGCUUCUGGCUCCAUAUUCUACGUUUCUCAUGAUGAUCAGUUUAUAAUUAAAACAGUGCAGUCAAAAGAAGCAGAGUUUUUGAAAAAAUUGCUUCCGGGUUAUUAUAUGAAUUUCAAUCAAAAUCCACAUACUUUACUGCCUAAAUUCUUUGGAUUGUUUUGUUAUCAGAGCUUGGGAAAAAAUAUUCGAUUACUACUGAUGAAUAAUUUGUUGCCUCAAGCAAUUAUGAUGCAUGAAAAAUAUGACUUAAAAGGAUCUACUUAUAAGAGAUUAGCAUCAAAACAUGAGCGAGCAAAGGCUUCUCCAACACUGAAAGAUUUAGACUUCGUUUCUGAGCAUCCCGAUGGACUUUUGCUUGAUGUGGGUGUAUAUGAUGCUGUUAUGAAAACCAUUAGUCGAGACUGCCUGGUUCUUGAAAGUUUUAAAAUAAUGGAUUAUAGCCUCCUUAUUGGUAUUCAUAAUAAAACAACGGCAAGAAGCGUAGCUGAAGCUGCUGAUGGUGGUGAGCCAUCCACUUCAAUUCAGGUUCUGAAAUCAAAGAGUAAAAUUGUUCGAUUGAAAAGCGAAAAGUUGGUGGAUCCAGAUUAUUAUGAGCAGUAUGAGCAAAUUUCUUUUCCAGCGAGAAAUCAGAAGGGAGACGAUUUGUUAUUAUUUCUGGGUAUCAUCGACAUUUUGCAGAAUUACAGGCUGCUCAAAAAGCUUGAACAUACCUGGAAAAGCAUGCUUCAUGAUGGAGACACAAUUUCGGUGCACAAUCCGACAUUUUAUGCGCAACGUUUUAUAAGUUUUCUCAAGAUACAUGUAUUUCACGCAACAACAGACGAUUUGGCACCCAAAAGUGGUCACACAAAAUUCAAAUCGCUCGUUACAUCUUAUUUGGGUAUUUGUAGUACCAUUCUUUAUACAAAUUUUGAUUUACAUGAAGCUCCUGCAAAUAGUAACAAAGAAUUUAUAUUUUCAAGUUGUCGGACUAAAACACUUCGGCAAAGUCCUACCAAACGACAUUUUCCCAGACGUAGUCUGACAGAAAAAGAUGAAGGUGAAUCUGUUGCUGUGAAGGAUGCUCAACGAAGACCGUACAGCAGUCAGCAGUCCGCAGAUUUUCUAAUUUCUUUGUUUAGAAAACCGCGGGAAAAGAAGGUAGAACGCUUGUUCGCACCUGAUCCUGAUCCUACAGAGCUUUUACGGUCAGAAAAUUCACAAGACUUAGAGGAAGAUAUGAUUGUUAGUUUUUUCAAAAUCUUUGCCAGUUUUCAAGUUAGUUUAAUGAGAUACGAAAAUAGUGAAGAUUUGUAG